AUGCAUGCGGUCUCACCAUCAGAUUGGCCGCUGCUCUGGCUCGCAUGGGCAUUGUUCAUAUGGUUGAAUCCGUUACCAAUAUUUUUCAGGUCAUCUCGAUACUGGCUUUUGAAGAAUUUGUACAGACAGCUGACGUCUGGUGUGCGGCGCGUUGAGUUUCAGGACUUCUGGAUGGGAGAUCAGUUUUGCAGCCUUGUCUUCACGCUUGGCGACCUGUGGUUCGUCGGAUGCGCAUACAGCCAUGCACUGAAGAAUUGGCGUAUUUGCACAACGGGGGCGAAUUGGGCACCAAUGUUCGCCAUAGCGGUGCUACCAUUCUUUGUCCGCUUCGUUCAGAGUAUCAGGCGCUGGGCGGAUUCCAAGCAGCUGAUGCACCUCGUCAACGCGGGUAAAUAUGGCACCGGCAUUAUUUACUAUUUGACAUAUUAUCUGUGGAGGCAGCAUGGAGGUGGACGCGGCCCCAGAUUUGUCGCAUGGUGCAUUCUGGGCGUGUUCUAUGCUGGCUAUGCUGGAGCCUGGGACAUCCUCAUGGAUUGGUCGCUCAUGCAACGUCACGCGAAGUAUCGCUUUCUCCGCUCAGAGCUUAUCUACACUUCUCAUGUACCCUUGUAUUACGUAGCAAUAGUUGCCAACAUUAUAAUCCGCUACGAGUUCCUGAUGUACAUACCGGAAAAAGGAGUGAACUACGUAAUCAGAACAUUCAUUGCUGCUAUGCUAGAGAUGCUGCGGAGAUGGCAAUGGAACUUUCUGCGGCUUGAGAACGAACAUAUCGGUAACAUGGACCAGUACCGAGUUACAAGAGAAGUUCCCCUCCCAUACUCCUUUGACCACCAGAGUCACGACUCGGAUGGCGGUGAUGAAGAUGAUGAGGUGGAAAGAACUAGCAUUUCGACUCGUUCUUGGCGUCGGCGGAAGGUAAACACUCCAUCGGUGGGAGCAGUUGAAGUUGAAGACAAUCAUGAGCAGUAG